ACAUUUCAGUGGAGAAGUGUAGAGAGGAUAGAGUGGUGGUAAAGUGCGCCGGUUUGUUGUGACUACGAAAAGUUUAUUAUUAAUUUUAAUUUCACGUUUUAAAGUGAGACAAGAAGGGCAAAGAAAAAAUGCCCCCUUAAAAAUAACUUCGGUUUAUGGACGCUCGUAAUAGUGGCAUAAAUUUUCAAGUGCUUGAAAUCAUGUCGUUCUUUAAUUAUAGUGGAUUUCACAGCCCGCCUUCGAGGCCUUUAAUUAUUCCGUCCCCUACAAGUCCUUUUUGCACGAGUCCUAGUCAGCUGCAAGAGGUUACUUUGGAUCAAGACAACACAUUUUCAAAUUCAAUGGGUCUGCGAUCACCUGGUGGACCGCUGCGCGGCAGGUCGGUCAAAGAAUUCGAAGAGCAGCUGUCCAAUCUCAAAAAGGAAAAUUUUAAUCUCAAACUCAGGAUUUAUUUUUUAGAAGAACGGAUGGGUGUCAAUUUUAAUCUAGACAAGGAAAAUGUAGUUAAGAAAAACGUUGAAUUGAUGGUUGAAGUGGAAAGUUUGAGAAAAGAAGUGCAGGAAAAGCAUGAUUUAUUGUGUCAAGCUGUGAAGGCAAUGGAGUUGGAAGAUGAAGAGCACAAGAAACUGGUAACCGAAAAGGAGGAGAUGCUGACGGAGUGCCAGCAAGAAAUUGAAGACUUGAAGACGCAGCUACUUGAUGCUAAAGCGGAAAGUGAGAUUCUGUCGGCCAGGACCCAAUCUGGCGCAUCUGAUCACUAUGCAUCUCAGGCAUUCAGUUUACCAGACACUCCAAGUGCACUCAAAGAGCUUCAAGAUAAAAUUAAAUCACUGGAGGAAGAGCUGCAAAACGAAAAGGGAAACAGUGCCGCAAUUCAAAUAAUUCUCGAUCAGAACGAUACAAAAAUCAAAAGUUUAUCAUCCCAGUUGGACGAAGCGACGAAAAAACUCGAGUAUCGCGUUCAUGAACUCGAAGAUAUGAGUUUCCAACUGGAGGAGGCCAGGGCCAAGUGCCAAGGCUUGCACAAGAAGCUCGAGGAAAAGUCGCAGAUUGUGAGCGAAUUAUCGUCGGAGAACGAUGAGUUCCGCAAACGGCAAAACCUCUUCUCGGCCGAUUUGGAGAAAGAGCGGAAGCGUUACGAAAAGUUGAGGGCGAGCAGUGAGCAGAAAAUUGCCGACCUCCAGUCGAAACUGGAGGCCUCUUUGGCCGAACUGAAGAAAAGUCAGGACCUUGUGGUGUCUAAGAGUCCCGGCCGCCGCCUCGGAUAUACUGAUGCCGAUUCCUUUUCAGUUCAAAAACCAGCAACAUCUCCUGGAUCUCCGUCGAAAGACACAAACCUUCUUCCAACACUCCCUUCGCCGGUAGUAACGCCCACCUCCUCACCCUCACCCUCUGUCAGCUUCCCCUUCGAUCAUAACCUCGACCUUAAGCAAAUCAUCGAGCAAUUGAAGACCGAACGCGAUGCCCAACACCAGAAAAUCGUCAAACUCAAAGCCGAACAAAUGAAGGCUUGUAAGAUAAUCAAGAGCAUGAUCGAUUCGAAAAACAAGACCGACAGCGAAAUCACCACCUUGAAGCAGCAAAACGAAGAGUUGGCGAGGGAACUUGAAGAGGUGGCUGCAAAGGGCGACAGGAGACAACCGGAAUCUUUGUCCAAUGAGAAUUCGAUGGACGAACAAAGCGGAGAGUUAAUUGAGCAUUAUAAAGCGCUCACUGACGAACUGGAUGAGAAGAACAGGAUCUUGACGGCCACUUUGAAGGAAAAGGACAACCAAAUGAAGAAAUUGCAACAGCAGUACGAAGACAUCGUGAAAAAAAUUAAGGAAAAGGAAGAACACAUUGUCGAUCUCGAAUUUGAUUUACUGACAGUCAGUCAAGAAAAACUGAAGGAGAAGGAAGAAGAGAUUGAGCGACUCAACGGAAUCAUCGUCCAACGCAACUCUGACUUGCAAGGACUCGUCAAUAAAGAACUUUGGGAGAAAAAUCGGGAAAUUGAAAAACUCCAAAAGAAACAAGCUUCGGAAAUCGAAAAGUUGCGAAAUGACUUGACCACGAAGGAAAAACAGUUGAGUCUGAUCAAGGAGAAGAUUUCCGAACUUGGGAUCGAAAUCGACAUUCAGAAUGGAGGGAUCAGUGUCGAGAACAAUUUACAAAACGAAUUAGAAAAAUCCGAAAAGUUGAGACUGGAAGCGAACGAAGUUUGUGCAGUCUUGAGCCGAAGACUUGAAGAAUUGGCUGUGUUUCUCGACUCUUUGCUGAAGCAGAAAUCAGUGUUGGGCUUUUUGGGCAAUAAGGAGAACAAGAGAAUACGUCACAUUAUCGACCAAAGCCUGGAUUUGUCCAGAACGUUCACCAUGAGCAUGAUCAUUAACCCAGACAAGAGUUUACUCCAACUCACCAAUAUUUCAAGUCUUUUGAACGACACUAACCAAAGUGAGGCUAGUUUACUGCCGGCCAAUAUGAGUCUGACCUACAAAAGCCACCUGUACAAGAAAGAUGAGGAAGAUAACGCACAGAUCAUUCAAACCUUGCGCCAACAAAUUAUUAAUCUGAAGUAUGAGCUCCAGUUACGCGACGUGGAGUUGAAUAAAAUGAGCGUUUGUGACAACUUUACGGAAAUCUCGUCCGAAAAAGACGACGAGGGUUUGAACAAAUCAAACUUGAACACAACUUCGACCACUUUGAAGUACAAGAGUGAGAACCAGUCGGAGUCUGAAGCAUGGUCUGAGCCAGACCGGUCAGUUUCACGAGCUCGUAUCGGGCUUAUGGAUGGAAGUUUGAAGUCAAAUUCGAGCAAAAAGUCGGCUAACACUUCAACAGACUCGACUGAAGAUGAGGAAGACCGAAGUUCCCGUGCUUCUAAGAAGAGUGUCCUUAAUGAAAGUCGCACAACAAUCCUGGAAUUGCACCGACAAGUGUGCGAACUCAGCCAGAAAUUGAACGAAAAAGAGUCGGCUUAUUGUGACGUGCUGAAGAACAACAGUAAAUUGAAGCAAGAAUUGGACAAUUUGGAAAUCAAGUUGAAUGACACCGAACUGAAACUGGCCCAAACACUGCAAGAUAAAAUCGAAUGUGACAGGAAGGUGCAAGCGCUUGAAGAAGAGUUUAGAAAUAUGAACGAGAAAGAUAAAAAGUUGGAGGAUAAAAUCAACGAGAUUGAAUUGGAAAAGGUUGAAGCUUUAAAAGUUGCGAAAGUGGCGGAAGAAGCUUUCGAAGUUGCGAAAAAUGAGAUAAAUACACUUGAAGCCAAACUGCGGGAGAAACAGGACGAAAUGAACGAACUGGAGGAGGAGCUGAGAAACGAGUACCAGAACCAGUUAAAGGAAAAAGUCAAGGUUUUGGAGGAAGAAUCGUUGAAGAAAAUUAAUGAAAUGCAAAGUGGUGCCGAGCAAGAAAUUAAGAAUUUGCGCAACACAAUUCAGCAGUUGCAAGUCGAGUAUCAGUUGAAUUAUGUGAAGAAGUGCGAAGUUGAGGAAGCUCUUGAGGAGAUUGAACGGUUGAAGAGUGAAGUUGAUUCGCUGGAGGAACGUUUGGAGGAAAUGACCGGAGUGGAGGAAAGCACUAAUAAGAGAUUCUCCGAUUAUGAGGAACGAAUCAAUGGACUGCGAAGUGAUCUAGAUAAUGCCACUUUGCAGUAUUCCGAAGCCGUUUUGGACAAAACUAAAAUAGCAAACGAGAAGGCGCUCCUGGAACAGGAACUCAACCGAAGCGUUUUGAAGGAAAUUGACACGAAGAAGCGACUGGAUGAGGUCGAAAAUGAGCUUCAAGAGUUGCGCCAAGCCCACCAGCGCCAAGUGUCGUUACUCCAAGUGCAAAAAUCUAAACUUGAAGUGCGCGUUAGUGAGUUGGAAUCGUCUAAUGCGGAGUUGCACAACAGACUUGUUAAAAUUCAAGCGGGUUGUGGCGAUAAUGUGGCGUCUUUAUCCGGAAGUCCGAAUUUUGUAAAUCAGAUUGUUUCGUUCAGACGCCAACAUUCUGACAAUUCCGGGUAUUUGUCUGAAGAACAGUUCGUAAUGGACGAUGGGAGAGGCACUAGGAGUUUCAGUAGAUUGGUCUCAAACCAGAAUUUCGAGAUUGAGAGACACGAAGCAAACUCUUCGCCUGAUUUAGGGAUUGAGAGCGACCAUGGCAGGUUUUCGAGUUUGGAGACGCACCUGAAUGUACAGAGGCCGCUGUUGCAGACUUUGGAGUUGACGGAGUCGAUGAACAAUCUGCUGGAUGUUGAGAGCAACCACGACCAAGACGAUAACUGUGAUAAUGUCCACUGCUGCCAGAAAACCCUGGAAAUGGCACAUGAGAACAGCGAUUUGAAACGGAAGUUGCUGCGGACGAGGAGAGCGUUGGAGGAAACAGUGACCCAAUUGACUUUAGCAAAUCAACGGAAAAAACAAGUCGAAAAAACCAUUUGCAAGCAGAUUCAUAAGACGAGUCAAGUGUUGCGGAAGGCGAAAGCUAAUUUAGAUUCAGGUUCAGAGACUGAUGCGUAUAAAAAGUAACCGUUUACUUUGUAUAUUGUUUUUAAGUUUUAGUAAAUAAUUUUUCUUGUUUGUA